CCUCGGCAUGUCAUUCAAGAAAAUACACGACACAGCAGUGGCGGUUUUUGUUAAGAAGUCUCACAAAAUUUCACGUGAAAAAUUAUGUUUUAGUGCGUUUUAAUUGUAAUAAUUAUUACUAGUGUUUUUAGUGCAUGUGAUUAAAGCUAAACUUAUCCAAGAUGGGAGUAACUGGGUUGUGGAAGCUUGUGGAACAAUCGGGCAAACCAGUUCCUCUUGAGACGCUUGAAAACAAGGUGCUUGCUGUUGAUAUAUCAAUCUGGUUGCAUCAGGUUAUCAAGGGUUUCCAAGAUUCGAAAGGAAGUUCCUUACCAAAUGCACACAUUUUGGGUUUAUUUCAUCGACUAUGCAAGCUGAUGUUCUAUCGUAUCAAGCCCGUAUUCGUUUUUGACGGUGGUGUACCAGCUUUAAAGAAACAAACGAUAGCCAGGCGCAACCAGAGUAAAAGCAAGUACCACAAUGAAGCGGAUCGAUUGCAACAAUUAUUGUUGGAAACACUUGCGAAGGAGAAGGUAGUGCAACAAGCAUUGGGAUCGGCAGCGCAGCUCCUUGUAUCGCCUUCGAAGAAACCAGGAAACAGUAGCAAAGCCGCCGAGGAGCCCGAUGAGAUUUUCAAGUUGCCCGAGCUGAAAGAUGAUUCGCCCUUCAAGAAAAAUGAUAGCUCACAGACCGAUCUGGAUGAAAGCACUAGCUCGUGGGAUGAGAAGACAUCCAAAAACUACUAUCACCUGAAUCUUAAUGCUAUCGAUGUGACGAGUGUGCAUUUUAAAAACCUACCUGCUGAUGUUCGACACGACAUUUUGAAUGAUAUCAAAGAGACCAGGAAGCAAAGCUCAUGGGGUCGGUUGCAUGAGCUUCCAGUGGAAAGCAAUGACUUUUCAUCGUUCCAAAUGCAGCGAUUGUUGAAACGACGUACAGUUCAGGUGGAGCUCGAGGAAGCCGAGAAAGAAAUGGGAGGAAAAUGCCUUUCGCUAGCCGAACUAGAAGCUCUUCUUUCCGAAGAGGGAGUGGAUACUUCUUCUAGCGUGGCAGCGCAAAAGAUAGCCUCGGAUGAAAACACACGAUUUCUGCUGGUCAGAGACGUGCAGAAGGCAAUCGAAAAGGCAAAAAUUAAAGAGGAACAAGAGAAGAACGCUCCAAAGCCUCCUAAAAUAAGCAAAAAGGAAUCAAUGAAGUCGGAAGUGAUCGAUGUUUUGGAUGAUAAGGAAAUGGAUGAAGAAUUGCAGCUGGCGAUCAAAAUGUCGCUGAUGCAGGACGAAGAUCCGAAUGUGAUGAUCAAUCUUGAACAGGAUGAAGUACAAAUGUCGAAACAGCAGAAGCAAGCACUUGGAGGCUCUGCCAUGACCUUGGCUAGGGGUUUCAUGUUGGAAUACGGUGGUAUGUCAAAUGACGAUUUCCGAGAAUUGUUGCACCAAACGCAGGAUGUUGAUCCGGGCGAAGUGGAGCAAUCUUUUACUCAGAUGUUUGAGCAUAACACCGCUUCUGUGCUCAAAGGAACAGAUGAUCCAGAAGAUAAGCAAUCUACAAAGCAAGAGGAAGAAGUUUUUAUUUCGUCGGACACCGAAACGGAUUCGGACUUUAUUGAUGUCCCUACAGACGAUUUGGAUGAUACGGCUCCGGGGAUUAUGUUGCCACUGAAUCCAAGUAAUCACAUGAAACCACUGUACAGUACGGUUGUGGAUUUCAGGUUGGAAGAUUUGAAGACAAAGCCGAGCGGGCACAAAGUAUUGAAAGUGAUUAUCGAAGAAGGCAAGAUUGGGUCGAAAGAUGAAGACGAUAUCUUCGCGGAUGUAUUCGAACAGAAUCUAGCAAAGGAAUCAAAUAAAACGGAACCCUUGUUAGCCAAAAAGUUUGGGGAAGAAACUGUUUCUGAGAAUACCAAAUCCGUUGCUGUACCGAUUCCUUUGGUCAAAAUCAAGAAAGUAGACGAUAUAAAUGCUAGUUUACAGCAAGAGCUCAAAAGAUUGAAAGCAGCACCAAUUAUUGACCUUGAUGACAUACCAUUGAAUGUUCCUAUAGAAGAUUACAAUUCUGAAGUACCUAAAGCAUGUAAAAGCAAUAAACCGGAAGAAGUACGUGACAUUGUGAAACAACAACUGGAGCAACUCAAAACAAAAGCUCUAAUGAUAGAUUUGGAUGAAAUACAGUUGAGUGACUCAUUGUCAAAGGAUACUUCUGCAUUACCUACAACUGAGCCCGUUAAAAUAAGCUCUGAUACAGAAGAUAGUGAUGCAACGAUAGGAUAUUCGCCAAUAAAAGAAGUGCAGAAAAUGUUGGCAGCCGCAGAUCAAAAUCGCCUAAAUGUCGCACAUAUUAACGAAAAAGAACCCGAACCCACAAGGCAAAUCCAACCUGCCUUCGAUACCCCCAAGAAAGGUACCCUGGAACAUUUAGUUGUAAUGCGAACUCCCGGUAGUGAUUCGAAAAAAUCCGAACCUGAAGAAAACAUUCCAAAUGUCCCAAAGCCUUUUUUCGUCAAUAAGACACCCACCUCGUCUUCAAAGAAAAAGUCUCCCUCGACGGAAUCAACGCCUAAAAAAUCCGGUAAAGCAUCCAAAGAGUUGUUCCCGGAACCAGAACCGGUACCAUCGACCAGCAGAUGUCUUCAACCCACGGUCGAAACCGUCAUCGCCGAUAUGGCUGGCAACCUAAAGGAAACCAAAACACCACUGGAGCUCAAAAAAAUGGCUCUCAAUCUGGCCCAAACCGAGCGAGAGUUGGAAAAGGAAAAAAAUCGGCAAUCACGAUUGGGAACGUCCAUCACUGAACAAAUGCAGGACGAUUGUAUGCAGUUGCUGCGACUAUUCGGUGUCCCAUACAUCGUUGCCCCAAUGGAAGCGGAAGCGCAGUGUGCUUUCCUAAAUCAGAUUCAGAUCACCGAUGGCACUAUAACCGACGAUAGCGAUAUCUGGCUGUUCGGUGGGCAGACAGUGUACAAAAAUUUCUUCAACCAGCAAAAGCUAGUGCUGGAGUUUACGGCUGGAAACAUUGAAAGGUUGUUCCAAAUGGACAGGAAGAAGUUGAUUCAGUUGGCGCUGUUAGUUGGCAGUGAUUACACAACAGGUAUCAGUGGUAUUGGAGCGGUUACAGCAAUGGAAAUACUUGCAUCCUUCCCCGCCACACCCGAAAAGGAGGGCGAAACAUCCGAAAUGAUGUCGCUUCUCUCCGGGCUACGAAAAUUUCGCGACUGGUGGAACCAUGGCCGAAACAAUUCCGUUAGCACCCGCAUUACAUUGAAGUCCAAAUUGAAAAACAUUGAAUUUACCGAAGGUUUUCCUAGUUCUGGUGUUGUUGAAGCCUACCUAUUUCCCACAGUUGACAGCAACAAGGAACCCUUCUCCUGGGGUUAUCCGGAAGUAGAGAGCUUGCGAGACUUCGCCAAACAAAAGUUUGGAUGGCCCCAGUCAAAAUUCAACGAAGUCAUACAGCCUGUAAUCAAACGGUUAGACGAGAGAAAAUCGCAAGCUUCGAUCAAAAAUUAUUUUACAGUCCAAAGUGCUGUCGCUAACAAUCAGCUGAAGGUGAGCAAACGUGUGCAGAGCGCCGUGGAUGCAAUGGCUGGUAAGAUAACUGAAGAACCCACGAAGAGUCCCAAGAAAAAAGUCACUCGAAAACGGAAGCCAAAGGCAGGUUUGCAAGAACCUACUUCCGAACCAACCUCUUCGGAAGUUAUAAGUUUGACUCAGGACAGCGACGAAGAAAUUCUAGCACCAAGGAAAACUAGGGCAAGGAAGGUUGCUGCCAAUACCUCCCGAAAAGCCAUAACCAGAUCUACUAACGAGGCAGCCGCUGUCGAAGCAGAACACUUAACAUCUGAUAAACCAUCCACCUCUUUGAUCAACAUUGGAAGUAUAAUUUCGAAAAUAAACGACCAAUCAGCAGAGAAAUUGGACGAUGAAGCUACCGUGGUGCGUAAAAAGGCCGCCAAAAAUAAGAUACCGGAUUUCAAUCCCGCCAUUCCACAGCGUUUGAAGGAUGAAGAGGAAAUGGUCAACCGCAAGCAACGAGCCAUUGAGCUCUUCAAAAAAUCGCAAACCGUUUCGAAAGCGAAAAAAUCACGCAAAUAAGUCCAGCUUCAUAUAUAGAUUGUCUGUUUGUUGUUGUUAAUGAAUACUAAACAGCUCGUUCUCACUGAAAAUCUUUAUCAGUAUCUUCAAUUACGGUUCACAAUGAUAGAUGACUUCCCUAGCGUGUUGUUUUUAAUUCUCAAGCACUAUAGUAUUGCGGCUGGUAAAAAUGAGAUGAUAAGUUAUCUAAAAUAAUAAAAAUCGUCCGAAGCUUGUAGAGCGAUGUUGAUUUACUAAUCUAGAACAUAG